CUCACAAUCUUAGAUAUACCAUUAUACUUUCAACAUGCGUACUAUUGCUGCGUCACCAGAAAUAGCGUUUUCAACCUUGAUGGGAGGGAUAUAAGAUAAACUUACCCCCCUCCUCCUCCCUUCAUUCAUCCUAUCAACAACUACCGCAACGCAGCAAAUACGACAGUGAAUAUGUCGAACCAGAGCUAUCUUGUACAGCCCUUUGGCCGUUUGUCAGUCCUUGCACCCGAAAUUCGAGAUAUCAUCUACGAAUUUGCUUUAGUUGAGCCACCGAAGUGGGAACGCCUAAGUGAACACUGGCACCAUAGUCUUGAGAACAACCAACAUCCAUCGUGCAGAGGUCGAGUGUGGAAGGGCAUCGGUUUGCUACGCGUUAAUAAAGCUAUACAUACCGAGGCGGCCCCUGUUUUCUUGUCGCAAAACAUCUUCUUCUUUAUUACCCGAAACGAGUUCAUCAAGUGCAUCGGCAUCUACCUUCGACUUCGAUACCGCAGCCUCGUCCGGCAUGUUCGUAUUGCCCACGUAAUGCGAAAUCGUGUGGAACGUUCCACUCUUGAGCCGAGGUCGUGGGACUGGAAUCCGGAUGAUGAACAGGUGCACUUCGAGAAAGCCCUUGGAGAAUGCACUGGCCUACGCACACUAGGAAUUGACAUCGACUUGGUAACCCAAUACCAGUUGAAUCCACCUUGUCUUGACGUCGAGUCCGUCAGAACCCUGGCGGGUCUGAUCUCCCCAGAAGUACAAUUCAGUUUCUUGAAACAAGGGUCUAUAUCUCCUGCAAUGGUUAUGGCGGUAGGGCGACGGAGAACACAUGACUCGCUUUACCGGACUCUCAGCCAAAUGCCGUAUAACUUGCAUGACGAAGCAGUUACGGGUACGAAGGCGACCGAAAAUGGGGUUCCAGAGGGGGACUGGGAACUUGUCUACAAACAACCUCAGCUAAGCGGGCGUUUCAUCACUUUUUCACAAAUCUUUGAAUACCCCUUAACACUCAACCUUUUUUGAUCAUCAUAUUCCAGCUUGCAUUGAGCUAUAUGUGUGGUUUUUGGCGUCUCAAUUUAUGUGAGAUGACCAUUGUGGGAUGGCAUAUCGCAAGUCUUUGGUGUCCUCAUCAACUUCGGUUCCUAGGUGUUAGCCUCACAUUAGCAUUCAGGCAUAGUGGUGAUGGAUCACUGCGUGAAGAAGUCGUGUCAAAAAGUAAGAUGAAACAGGUCAGGGUCUGAUGUAGAGUAUCUAACCCUUGUAUUAUAUCGUGUACAGUAAAACGGAAUAGGGAGGAAGUUCAAGAUAUUACCCAAAUGGUACUCUCUGCGUCUUUAAAUCGUCUCUUGUGCCAACUUGCCAAUUUACAUGAGCAUCUGCUUGAAACUUCUGGUCGGCGCCAACGAGCCUGUGUGCCAUGCAUGGGAUACACUAUAACCUCCACUAACGUAGCUGCUAUGGUCCAUCUACACAAUGUACA